CCAGCCUGUUGGCUGAACAUCUCCUCCAGCUACAAUGGGGAACACACUAACAAAAGAAGAGGAACUUCCAGAUCAAGAAAUCAUUCAUAGAACUUCAUACUCAGAGAUCUCUUCUGAACCACCUGACAAUAUUAAGAACGGACCUGUCACAAUUGAGGCUGUACAAAUCUCUUCCACAAAGGGAGAAACAGUGGAUGCGAGAGUGAACAGCGUCCAGGAUAAUGUGGCUGCUUCUUCCCCAAAGACAAUGGAGAUCAGCUCCGUCUCUGAGGCCCCGGGAAAUAAUCUCGGGAAGGAAGCCAAAACGGCCCCGCCAGCUGCCAAAUCUCGUUUUGUCCUUGCAUUUUCACGGCCCGUACCAGGACGUACCGAAGAACCGGCGACAAAUGCAUUGGUUGCAUCGGCUCCACUGGAUGCCAGUUCAGAAGCAGCCCGGGCAAACAAAGCGACAAGUGAGACCGUGGAUCUCCCUGCUGCAGCUGUGCCAGAGGAAGCAUCAGAUAAAGCCCUAAGCGAACUGCCUCUUACUGAAAUCGAACUCUCUGAGCCAGCCUCGUCUGAGGCGGAGGAUGCCGCUUCCUCCAAGCCCAAAGAAUUAACCUUUUUCGACAGACUCUUCAAACUGGAAAAGGGGAAGGACAAGAACCAGACGCAAGCCCAGAGCCAAGGGGAGGUAAAGGCAGAGAACCCUGGCGUGUCCAUCACGGUAGAAGAAACUUCGGGAUUACAAAGUGCAUCGGAUAAUGCCCUGCCGGGAAAGGACGUAGAGUGUGAAGAAAGCUCUGUGCAGCAGGAAUCUCCGGGUGUCGUUUGCUUAGCCUCUGAGGAUCUUGCCCAAGAAGAGGUCAAGCCAGAGAGCGUGAAAACAGCAGCCGGAACAGACUAUAACAACAGCGUCAUGAGUUUCUUCAAAACCCUGGUUUCUCCAAGUAAAGCAGAUUCUAAGAGUGAUUCAGAGGACAAGGCAACCCAGGCAGGCAAGACCCAUGGAGGACAGCUUGCUGAGACGACGGCAGCCGGUUCCCACGUGAAAGGCACCAAGAAAAAGAAAGCAGACAGCCCCAGAUUAGGACACAGUACAUUUAGCAAACUGUUUAGGCACAAGUCAAAGAAAGAUGCCCAGCAAAUGGCCAAUACCAAAAGUACUGAGCAGCCUGUCACUGUCAGCACUGAUAAUGUGAAAUCAGAAGCAAACAUCCCUCCAUCGCAGGAGAUGCCAGCAACAAAGCAGAACACAAAAGCCCCCGAACCUCCGGUCCAACCGCCGGUGCCCCCGGCACCAGCCGUCAUCACCAAUGAAAUUCCAAAAGAGACAACGAAGGAGAGAUCGGCUUCUACCCCCACACCUCUAAGUAAAUUCUUUUGGAAAAAGACUCCGACAGAUGACAUAGAGGUGAUAAACACAGAGAGGAUGGAAGCCGUCCCUGAAGCCCCCGCAAAAGAUGAAAGCAGAAGCCUGGAAGCUGCAGAAACAAGAUCCAAAGGAGAGGAAAAGCCUUCCAAAACAAACCUGAGGAAAUUCUUCAAGUUGUCAGGCAGAAGUGAUGCAGGGGUAACCCCUUCAGAAGAGGUAAACGAUCGAGCGCCUGAUGAGCAAACCCUGGACUUCCCAGACAGGCCCUUUGCCCAGGCUGAGAGCAGAGAAACAGCAGGUGCGCGGAGCAAAGCGAGCUCAACGGAGAUGCUGAGCAAGACGCAAGGAAGCAAAGCGGAAGUCGGAGAACAGCAACAGCCCCAGGAGCAAGAAAGAGCCGAGACGGACUCCCUUCAGAACGGAGGGGAUGCUGCAAAGGAAAACACUCCCAAGAAGAUAGAGAAGAGACAGUCGUUCGGAGGGUUUUUUAAGGGUCUUAGCCCCAAACGGAUGUCUGACGCUGAAGUGCAAACAGAUCCAGUGUCUUUUGUGCCUGCUCCUGUGAAACCCAAGUAACGAAUCCUCUAAAGCUAUCGGAGAAUCACUGGAUCUCGAUAAUUUCUUAACCCUGCAGU